CCAUAGUUUUGGUAAAAAAAAAUUGGUAAAAUAAAAGAAAAUAGCAAAAUCCGGGGAUAUGCAACAACAGCAGCGGCAACGGUAAUAAUUGUUGAUGAGCCCUUGCUAUAGCGAUACCUUGAGCACGCGCAACCUGCCAUGGCAUCGCCCCAUCCGCAGCCGGGCACGGAUCCGGAACAGGAGUCGGAAAUCCCGCCCCAGCCGGCGGGAUACGAAAAAGUGGAUGCCGUGGACCCGGAUCGCGUAUGCCGUGUCUGCCUUAGAAACGCCAGCCAGGAGCCAGGAGAGCUGCACUUCAUCUUUGCCGAGGUGGCCGUGGAACAGGACGCCAACCUGGCCCGCAUCCUGGAGGAGUGCACAGUCCAUCCGUGCGAGAGGCAGGAUGGGAUGCCAUCGCACAUGUGCGGUUCGUGUGUGGAGGCAGCACGCAAUGCCUACCGUUUCAAGCGGGACGCGGAACGCUCUUAUUGCUCACUGGUAGGUCUCCUGGGGCGUUCUCCCCAGUUUAAGGCUUCCGGCGCCGAGGCGUCCACCCAAACGGAGCAGGUGGCCCUAUUGUCGUGCGAGCUGUGUCACGACAAGUUCCUGAACAGCAUAGAUCUCCGUUUGCACCGAAAUCGUGUCCACCGGUCGGCGAAAGAGUACAAGGAGGAGGAGCUGAAGUGCAAGUUCUGCCCUCAGAGCUUCCCCCAUCUCCGGCAGCUGCGCAUCCACCUGGCGAAGAGCCACGACCAGACCGCUCGGCUGCAGUGCGGCCACUGCCCGCGGACGUUCACCCGGAGCGACCAUAUGCUGCGCCACAUGCGCAACAUGCAUAAUCGCUCGGAGGACGAUCUAACAGCGGCCUGGGCUUCAGCGGAUCACGAUGAGACGACUAUGGAAGGAGCGGAAGGCGACGAACUGGUCGCGGCUGAGGUCCUGCUUAACGAGGAGGGCGAUGACCAGGAAGACGGAGCUGCCCUAGAGUGCAAUACAAACCCAAUUUCCAGCAACGAGGAGGAGGACGAUGACAACGACGAGGCCAAACAGGCUCUAUGGUUGAACAUCAAGCCGGAGCCCUGCCUGGAGGCUGAGGAGGUCGACCUGGUCGCCCAACUGAACCUCGAGAAGAAGCGGCGACGACGGGAAAAGGCUGUCUUCUCAGCCGAAGCCUCUGGCGACGCCCAUGUGAAGAGCGAACCCAGCGGUGACUCGCAGAUGAGCAUCAAAGUGGAGCGGGGUGGCGACGAAGAUGCUUUUAUGGGCAGUGAGGACUUCCUGGAGCAUCUGCGGGCUGCCGGGGAACUGCCGCUUAGUGACGACGAUCAGUUCUACAACUACGUCGAAGAGGAAAGCUGUUUGGACGACGACGACGAGGAGGACGAUGAUGGCGAUGGCGAGGAUGACGACGACGGGCAGGGCCGAGGGUUCCGGUUGAAGCAGGAACCUCUGAAGGGCGCCGGCGGGCGUUUGGGGAAAAAAGGAAAGCGACGGCGUCGCCGCAAAAAAGAGGGUUCUCCCACAUCCAAUCCGGAGAACCGGUGCGAGGUGUGUCAGCGCACCUUUUCGCGCCACUGCCACUUGCUGCGCCACAAGCUUUCGCAUCUGGAGAAGAAGCCACACAAUUGCCCGCACUGCCCGAAGGCGUUUGCGCGCAGCGAUCACCUAAAAGCGCACGUCCAGAGCCUGCACAGCAACAAGGAGCACAAGUGUAGUCUCUGCGAGGCGGCGUUUGCUCGUCCGGAAGCCUUGGAGCGGCACAAGCUGAGCAAGCAUAAUGGGGAGGGCCUGGAGCCCGGCAGCGAACUAAAGAUGCAACUGGCCGAGCACACUUGCGAGUACUGUUCGAAGCGCUUCUCCAGCAAGACCUACCUGCGUAAGCACACCCUGCUGCACACCGAUUUCCUGUACGCCUGCAAGAGCUGCGACGAAACGUUCCGGGAGCGGGCGCUGCUGCGGGAGCACGAGAAGACCCACACGGGGCAGAGGAACUUCCUGUGCUGCAUUUGUGGCGAUAGCUUUGCCCGAAACGACUACCUCCGCGUCCAUAUGCGGCGCCACAAUGGUGAGAAGCCGUACAAGUGCCGUUACUGCGUCAAGGCCUUCCCCCGGGCCACCGAUCUCAAGGUCCACGAGCGCUACCACACGGGCACUAAGCCAAAUCUGUGCAACACCUGCGGCAAGAGCUUCCACCGGGCCUACAACCUGACCAUUCACAUGCGCACCCACACCGGAGAACGGCCCUACAAGUGCGACCAGUGCCCCAAGAGCUUUACGCAAAGCAACGACCUCAAGGCGCACAUCCGCCGGCAUACGGGCGAGCGCUACAAGUGCCCGCACUGCGACACCUACUUCCUCCAGCUGUACAAUAUGCGCAAUCACUGCCUCACCGCCCACAACAAGCACAUCGAGACGAAGACGGGUCGCCUCCAGCGAACGGGUCUGCUGGAAGAAAGCGCUCAGUCGCAUCUCACUACGGUGGUGAUGCCGCCGGCCCGUUAUCCCGCCGGCUCUGAUCCCCAGCUGUCGGCCGCCAUCGGAGCCGAUAACUCCUCCUCCACCACAGUCAUUCACUCGCCGGGCGCUUACCAGAACAGUGGCGUAACUGCAGGGGUACUGGCUCCGGGUACCACCUCGUCGGCGGCGGGAAAUACCCUGGACGGGAACAGCUUUGCUCCGUCGAGUGCUCCGUUUGGCGCCUUCAACUUCCCUCCCGUCGUAAUGGCACAUCUCAUGUACAACCAUGGCGGUGGCAGUCAGCAUAGCCAGAGCGGCAGCGACACCGCUAAAUAGCCGACGUUGCAGAGCCACUUCAUCCGAACACAGACAACUAUUCCAGUGUAGUCUUAAGCUUCCAUUUGUACAUAGCCGAGGCAGGCGAUGAGAACAUCAGGUGGCUGCCAUACGAAUUGUACAUCACAGGCGCAGGACCAGGCACUGUCCUGUGCCUUUUUUUUAACAUGUUAAUUUGUAUUUAAUAGUCGAAUAAGAACUGCCCUACAUUGCCGAAUAUAGUGUAGGCGGUUGGUACAAUUUUUUAAAACAUACAUCCGGGUAUGGUGUGUUUCAUAGGAGGAUUUGCUCCUAUCUCCUCGGAUAUUUAAUUAUUGAGAAAAAUAAAUACUAAAACCUA